GUCGUGUAUGUCGUCACUUCCGAUAGCAAUAGCAUACAGCUCCUACUGUGUGACGAUGGAACGAAUGUUGGAGCCACGUUUUUGACUGUGAAGUGCAAUUAGUCUGCGAUCACCGCUCAUUAUUGUAAUGACAACUGACCUGUGAUCUAUUCAUUACAGGCUUCGCUGUGUAGGGAGCGCAAACCUCAACUUUCCAGUAAGUUGCAGCCGUGACCCGCCAAAAAAGGCAGCGAGGUGCGUGAACCAUUUUGUCAGCCGCUAUCGUCCGGUGAGCGACAAUGAGUGGCGGCUUCAACUUCGGACAGCCUUCCACGGGCUUUGCUUUCGGCACCGCCAAGACCACCGCUCCAGCGGCACCCGCCACGGGAUUCGGCCUGACCACAACGUCCACUCCCGCAGCCGCCGGAAGCAGCGGCGGUGGCGGCUUCUCCUUCGGCUCGUCCACUCAACCCGCCGCUAGUAGUGCACCGAGCGGCGGCGGCGGCUUUAGUUUCGGCACCCCAGCGAAGAGCACCGCUGCCGGUGGGAGCCUCGCAUUUGGAACCCCCACCGCCACUACCUUCAGCCUAGGUUCAACUCCGCAAUCAACCCCGGCUGCAGGUCUCUCACUGGCGGUGUCGUCGUCUGGCUUCAAUCUGACCUCGGGUGCGCCUGCAGGGGGAGGCUUCUCCUUUGGGACCCCAGUGCCAACCCAACCGGGAGCAGCAGCGGCGGCUACGCCUGCGCCUGCAGGGGGAGGCUUCUCCUUUGGGACCCCAGUGCCAACCCAACCCGGAGCAGCAGCGGCGGCUACGCCUGCGCCUGCAGGGGGAGGCUUCUCCUUUGGGACCCCAGUGCCAACCCAACCGGCAGCAGCAGUGGCACCCACGACAAAUGCAUCUGGAGGUCUCCCAUUCGGAGCGUUCAGCUUUGGUGGAAGCAAGGUCCAAGUCACCACAGCGACAGCCACAAUAAGCGCACCAGGGGGUGGCUUCUCUUUUGGGUCAAGUGCUGCUCCUAACCUCACACUGGGUCCCCAAACCAUCUCCACCACUAUGGCCUCAGCUCCACAGGCUGGAGGUUUCACCCUGGGGAUUAAACCCUCACCAACCCCGGCUCCCCCUGCAGUGACCCCAGUGGCUCCAUCUCUGUUCUCGACCCCAGCAUCAACAGCUGCAGCCCCCGCAACAGGGUCUGGUUUUAGUUUCGGUGCCACUCCGACUCCUGCGGCGGCACCGACUGCAACGACCACCACGGCCGGCGGAGGCAUAUCAUUCACACUUAAACCUCUCGGAGCGGUAACCACCACUGCCGCCGUGUCGGCCCCCACCGCCCUGGCUGCAACCACCACGUCAAGCUUCUCGCUAGGACUCAAACCUGUCAUCACCACGACCGCAGUUACAGUGGCCACCACCCUCCCGACCACCACUGCCCCUGCUGUGAUGACCUAUGCCCAACUGGAGGGCCUCUUGAAUAAGUGGAGCCUGGAGCUGGAAGAUCAAGACAGACACUUCCUCCAGCAGGCCACUCAAGUCAACGCAUGGGACCGCAUGCUGGUGGAGAAUGCUGAGAAGAUCACAUCCCUGCACAAGGAAAUGGAGAAGGUGAAGCUGGACCAGAAAAGGCUCAACCAGGAGCUGGACUUCAUCCUGUCCCAGCAGAAGGAGCUGGAGGAUCUGCUGUGCCCGUUGGAGGAAUCUGUCAAAGAGCCGAGCGGCACCAUCUACAUGCAAAAUGCAGACGAGGAGCGUGAGAGGACGUACAAGCUCGCGGAGAACGUGGAUGCGCAGCUCAAGAGGAUGUCACAGGACCUGAAGGAGAUCAUCGAGCAUCUCAACACGUCCAGCGGUCCUGCCGACACCAGCGACCCGCUUCAACAGAUUUGCAAAAUCCUCAACGCCCACAUGGAUUCCCUGCAGUGGAUCGAUCAAAAUUCCAUUCUCCUGCAGAGACGAGUGGAGGAGGUGUCCAAACUGUGUGACAACCAACGCAAGGAGCAGGAGAAGCCAUUCCGGUUAACCUUUGACUGAGCACACACACACUUUUUAGUGUUUAUUGACAAAAUAUUUUUGUCUUUGUCGGCAGUCAUCAUUAUUGCUCUUUGUUUUUGUCAGCUGUCAACCAGGAUGCAUUAUUUUCAACAUUUUUUUAUACAACAGAAAAUUUGUUCCAAGUUAAUGUCCAAAAUAUUGAAUACAUGUUUUAAGAUAUUUUUGGAUGAAUAAAAUAAAAUAACAAAAAUUCAA